AUGAUCAAACCCUCCAUCUAUCCUACUCAACCUCAAGAUCAAACCCUUACUCAACCACAAUCAUCCUCAAGAUCAAACCCUCCAUCUACCCUACUCAACCUCAAGAUCAAACCCUCACUCAACCCCAAUCAUCCUCAAGAUCAAACCCUCCAUCUACCCUACUCAACCUCAAGGUCAAACCCUUACUCAAUCCAAAUCAUCCUCCAGAUCAAACCAUCCCUUUUCGUAUUCAACCUCAAGAUCAAACCAUCUAUCAACCCCCAAUCAACCUCAAGAUUAAACCCUCCCUCAACCCUACUCAAUCUCAAGAUCAAACCCUCACUCAACCCAAAUCAAUCUUCAAGAUCAAACCCUCCAUCUACCCUACUCAACCUCAAGAUCAAACCCUCACUCAACCCCAAUCAUCCUCAAGAUCAAACCCUCCAUCUACCCUACUCAACCUCAAGGUCAAACCCUUACUCAAUCCAAAUCAUCCUCAAGAUCAAACCAUCCCUCUUUGUAUUCAACCUCAAGAUCAAACCAUCUAUCAACCCCCAAUCAACCUCAAGAUUAAACCCUCCCUCAACCCUACUCAACCUCAGGAUCAAACCCUCAAUCAAUCCCAAUCAUCCCCAAGAUCAAACCCUCCAUCUUCCCUAUACUUCAACCAUCAAGGAUCAAAAACCCUCACUCAACCCUUAA